CCGUUUCCGGCUGGGCUAGGCGCUAGCUCCCGCCGACGUGUUCUUCCGGUUGGCGGAGACGCAGCAUACACUGAGCAGGGCAAGAUGGAGCUCGAGGCCAUGAGCAGAUACACCAGCCCUGUCAACCCAGCUGUCUUCCCCCAUCUCACCGUGGUGCUUCUGGCCAUUGGCAUGUUCUUCACUGCCUGGUUCUUCGUUUAUGAGGUUACUUCCACCAAGUACACUCGGGACAUCUACAAAGAGCUCCUCAUCUCCUUGGUGGCCUCGCUCUUCAUGGGCUUUGGAGUCCUCUUCCUCCUCCUCUGGGUUGGCAUCUAUGUAUGAGCCUCCACGGUACCCACCAGAGGCUUCACCAAAUCCCUGCUUUUGUAAUUUAACUUUUUUUACUGUUGCUGGAAGAGCCCCACCUGCUGUUUCCAAUAAAAGCAGAUGUGUGACA